UAUGAAUUUAAAAAAGACAGACGAUUAUUCCUUUGUUUUUUUGACAAGUAAAAAAUAAAAAAAUAUAAAAAUUUAUUUCCUUUGAAGGGAAAGAAAGCAGCAGCUCGAUCGGUGGGGACAGAUCACAGAACACGUAACGUAAGGAAUAACCGCAGCUACGAAUACGACGACGUUCUAGUCUGCUCUGCAUCGAUAAUCAUCAAAACCGAAUUUAAUUUAGUAUCAGACAGAUUUCCCGAAUUUCAACAAGUCUGAAAUUACUGGAAUUAACAUUCAAUUUGUAGCCGUGAUCUUCCAAUUCGGAGUUUGAUUUCCAACUCCAAGAUUGAAGCUUUACCUCCUCCUCCUCAUCAAACAAUCAUGCUCCAACGCUUCGGAUCUUCCGUCGCCUCAUGGUUCCGUACGAGAAUUACCGAUCCUCUUCUCCAGAUCCUUCGCCGUGGAACCGAACCCAAGCAGUUGGCAUUCUCCGCUGCGCUGGGCAUCACCUUAGGACUCUUUCCCAUCUGCGGGGUUACUGUGUUUCUGUGCGGGAUAGCUAUCGCACUACUUGGAUCCCUUUGUCAUGCUCCAACUGUAAUGCUGACCAAUUUUAUUGUCACUCCUAUUGAAUUGAGUCUGAUGGUACCAUUUCUGCGGUUUGGUGAAUUUGUUACUGGUGGGCCUCAUUUUCCUUUGACUUCUGAUGCUUUUAAGAAGGUCUUGACUGGACAAGCUUCAAUAGAAGUCUUUCAGAGCAUUUUCCAUGCGUUGUUGGGAUGGCUUGUAGCUGCGCCGUUUAUAUUCGGAGCAAUAUAUGUAUUGUCAUUGCCAUGUUUCAAGAUAUUGGUUCGUAAAUUCAGUGUAGUACCUUCAACUUCAAGCCCAAAAAAGCCACUCAUCAAUAACUCAAUUUCAAGCCCGAGAAAGUCAGUCAACUCCCCGUCUGAAGUGAGGCUGAAAGUCAGGGAUGCAUAUGACUAAUAACUCUACAUUAAUGUAUGUAUGUAUUCAGUAUUCUCUCUAUUGUUUGCCAUAACAAAGGAAACAGCUCACAUGUCCUGGGUUCCAAACACUAUUAUGUACAUACAACAUAUGUAUGCAUCUUGUCAAAUGUGAAGUAAACUAUUGAACUUGUAUUCUAACUUUGUCUACAUUCA